CUGCUGUUGGCCAUCAUCAUCGCAGCCGGAAGUGAUGUACGUGAGGUUGAUAAAGCCUGAAACAUGUAACCGUGUCCUCCGCGUCGCAAUAGAUGCUUACGCCGUAACAGUUUAUAUUUUAAUUCCAUCAUUGUUUCGGAGAAUAAACCCGAGGCGAUAAUAAUGAACACUUCUAGAAGAACCGAAAGUGAUUGGCAAGGUUUGGUGAACGAGUUCCUGGUGUGCAAGAGAAAGCUGGAGAGCAAAAAGGAGGCACUCCUGAUCUUAUCAAAAGAGCUGGACACCUGCCAACAGGAACGGGAUCAGUUCAAACUGAUGGCGAAUCAGCUCCGAGAGCGCCACCAAGGGCUGAAGAAGAAGUACAGAGAGCUCAUAGAUGGUGACCCCUCUCUGCCUCCAGAAAAAAGAAACCAAGUCAAUAUGGCCCAGUUACUCAGAGAUUCAAGAGAACAGAACAAACAGAUGUGUGAUGAGAUGAAGGAGUUAAAACAACGUUUAGCAGAGAUGCAGGGUGAUAACAAGCUGCUGAGGAUGACCAUUGCAAAGCAGCGUCUAGGGGACGAGGAGGUGGGCGCCCGUCACUUUCCAGCCCACGAGAGAGAAGAUCUUGUUCAGCAGUUGGAGAGGGCCCGAGAACAGAAUGAAGCCCUUGAACAGAGCCUAAAGGCAGCAACGGAUGAACUUCUUGAUGUAAGAGCAGAGCGUAAUGUAUACCAAGAAAAAGCCCAAAGACUAAAUUUAGAAAUUAACCACAUCCUGGGUAGCCACGAGAACCGCAUCCUGGAUAUAGAUGCUCUGUGUAUGGAGAACAGAUAUCUGCACGAACGGCUGAUGCAGCUUCAGGAGGAGGUCAGCCUCCUCAAAUCAAAUGUCAUGAAGUACAAGAGUGCUUUAGAGAGCAAGAAGAACUGCAAAGUGUAUGGCAAGAGCAACAGCAGUGCUUUGACAGGUGUGCUCUCUGCCAAACAAGUACAAGAGUUGUUGCUGUCUGAGGAGAAUGGCUGCAGUCUCCCCGUCACUCCUCAGUCCAUCAGUGAUCUGAAGUCUCUGGCCACUGCACUGCUGGAGACCAUUCACGAGAAGAACAUGGUCAUUCAGCACCAACGGCAAACCAACAAGAUACUGGGAAACCGGGUUGCAAGCCUGGAGGGGAAGUUAAAAACAUUGGAAGUGUCUGGAUUAUGGAGUCUGCCAGGCAUCACCUACAAUGUGUCUCUUGGAUUAGGGAGAAGGAAAGCUGUUAUUGUCCUGAGUGACUCUCAGCAUGUCCAGUCCACCACAGAACAGACAGUACAUCUAACACCAGAGUCAAUGGCAGGAGAUGAAGAGAUUGUCACUGGAGAGGAAGUCACAGAAGAAACUGCACUUAGUACAGACUUCGGCCAGGCUGACUGUCCAGCUGAUGCAGUCGAGGUGAACCAAAAGCACGAUCAUUUCAAUAGCACAUACUCUGUCUCGCAAACUUCACAAUACAGUAAACCAGUCGAAAGUUUACAAUCUCUGGGGACAACAGUGUGUAAAAAGCUUGCUUUUCGUGACUCUGAGAACCCUGCGUGUCCCUCUGAGACCGAAUCGGAGGAAUGUGAGUUUCGGGCAGGACAACACGAUGAAAUUCUGGCAAGCUGUGGAAGUCAGGAUAUGCACACAGAAAAGCCUUUCAUAAAUUCAGAAGAAGAGGCUUUGGGAAAUGAUGCUUCUGAGGAGGGCCUUGAUAUUCAAGGUCCUUUGCAGUGCAACCUGACAUUGACAUCAGAAACUUCGGAGUCUGAGUCUUGCACAUCAGACCAGCAAACUGAGCGAUCGGACAGUGAAGAAACCAAGCAUGCUUCCAUAACCGCCAGUCCUUCCGAUCGGGAGCCAUUACACCAGGAGUGAAUGUCAUUUCUUUGUGAGAGAAAUGACCUCUGUUGUUUUAAAGCCCUAUCAUUUAGAAGCAAUCUGCAUAAUUAAAAUGAAAAUUAUAGAAGAAAUCCUUCAAAGUUAUUAAAUUGUAAAGGCAAAAUACAAAGUCACUGAAAAUGUUAUCCUCGGGCAACUUAUAAAACCAACGACAUGUUGAAUAUUAAAAUGAACAGCAUUAUGAUCACAGUAAAAACACUUUAUGGUGGUUAUCAAACAUCCAUUAGCAGCUAUAAGAGAUUUAUUUUUCAUCCUAAAGCUAUUGUGAUAUCAUCCAAACAUGCAUAUUUCUGUAUCUGAAAUAUAUUUAAAUAUAUUUUGUAGGUUAAACUGUAGGUAAAAAUCUUGAUCUCCGAGCCAUCUUGUGGUUUCUCACUCGUUCUUGACAAAAACAUGCAACUUUCUCAGAGUACAAGAUGUUUAUUUUACACUGGAUGUCACAGUUUCAACAAUUAUGAUUUGUUGCUUGGUAAUUUUAGUCUUAUUAUAAUUUGUAAUGUUGAUUGUAACAGUGUUUGAUCUUUGAAAGUUAAUGUAAAUACAUACUCUUUACUGUAAUGUACAGUAAAAACUAAAAGCAAAGAGAUUAUCAGAUGAAACCUUAAAUGAUAUAUUUAGUUAUGAUUGAUGAAAGCUUUCACUGCAGUUUACCAGUGGUUAACUUUGACACUGCUGUUACGUAUAUAAAGCACUGUAUGUAAUGUAUUUAGUAAUGUAUUUCGUCUUCGGUCAGCAAGUUUCCUUGUUAUACAUCAACCUGUUUAACAGUCUUGUCGAUGUUGCACACUACAGUGUUUUAUUAAAAUAAACGUUUACAUUACAGUCGA